ACCCAGCUAUUUUUCCUAAACUGACAACACUCGCCUCGGUUUUGACAGAUAUCCUCAACCUACCUGAACACGUAUAUUAUAUUAAUAUAACGGAACGAAACUGCAGUUCGGAAGGUAAUACUGUUGCUGUAGGUCGUUGUUUAUGUCAGUCAACAAGUGCCUCAGAAAACCCGGCUGGUUGCUAAAUGAUCCAAGUUAGCUCAAAAGCUACAUCGCUAGCAUCAGCUAACUAGCUUUCUAACAGUGGCUAACGUUAAAUAGACAACGUUACGCUUACUGACAGGUUGUAUGUGACCGAGAGCUUGGUCGCCUGUUGUUCCGGACACCAACACUGAAAAAGAAGAGAGGGGAUGGUGCAGCCGCAGCCUGAUGGCCCAAUGCAGUGGGACAUGUCAGGAGAAGAGAGUGGCGGGACCCUCAGGGUCCCACCAGAGCUGGCUGCUAAUGAAGUGGUGACCAGGUUGCUGGGUGACAACCAGCAACUUAGAGAGGCCUUGCGGCGGAGCAACCUAGCCUUACGUCAGCGUUGCGAGGAGAUGGAGGAAUGGCAGCAGAAGACGAGAGGGGAACGACAAUUUCUCAGCAUUCGUUUCCAGGAGGCCAGGGCCCUGGUGGAGAGGCUGGCCCAGGAAAACCACUCCUUACAGGGCAUGGUAAACGGACCAGCCUCCUCCUCGAACCACUGCUGCAGCUCCAGCCAGACUGAAGACCUGCAGGGGCGCCCAGCGAAGACCAGACCCCUGGACGGACCACAGACAUUAGACCAGCGGGAGAAGAAGAUAGUUGAAGAGUCGAAUCAACACACACAGACCACGCCACCUCGCAGCCUGGAUGAUGCAAGUGUGUGUAGCACCCUCCCCUCUCCCUCCACCUCAGUCUCAGAGGUAUGGGGGGAGAUGAUGGGCGGGGAAAAUGGCCAGCCAGUGGAAGGUGCCAACGAGUUCCUCCAGUUGCUGAAGAGCCACAAAGAGAAACUGGAGGAAGGGAUGAGAGAGCUGAGGAUGAAGAAUGAAGAGCUGGAAAAGGAGAGGGAAGAGGGAGAGAAAGACAGAGAGCGAAUGCGGCGCUGCAUUGACCAGCUACGAGCCAAACUGGCCCAGGCACAGGCAAGCAAUGUUACUGAGGAGGUCGUUCAACAUCGCUCUGAGGCACAGCACUCCUCGGACUGCUCUAGCCUGGCUAAACUCACAGAGCAGCUUCAGGCCACACAGGGCAGGUAUCGUGAAUUGGAGGAGAAGCUGGACUUCUUGCAGAAGAGUUCAGCUCAGCGGGACAGAACUGAAGCUCUGCUCAAACAGAAGGACAAGGACUGUGCACAGCUGGCCAAGGACUGUGAGGCUCUGAAAGCUCAAGCUACUUCCCUUUUAGGAGAACUGAAUGAGAGACAGAGCUGCCUGGAUAAAAGCGAGCAUGAACGCAAAACGUUGGAAGAAAAGCUGUGCAAUAAAAUGAAGGCCCUGCAGGUGGCAGAGCGGGAGCUGGAGCAGCAGAGGAAGCAGCAUCAUGUGGCCAUGGACAAGCUGCUGCUGCAGACCCAGGGCCUGGAGCAGGCCCUGAAGACGGAGAGACAUGUCGUCACAGAGGAGAGGAAAAAACUGACACAGUUGCAGCAUGCCUACACGUGUCUAUUUAGAGACUAUGAUUCUAAACUGAAGAGUGAGGGGGGGGAUCUGUGCAGCCGACUAGAGGACGCAGAGAGAGCGCUGGCCCUGAAGCAGGAUCUGAUUGAUAAACUUAAGGAGGAGGUGGAGCAACAAAAAGGCUCCCUGGAGACUGUUCCGGUCCUCACUGCACAGGCUGAGAUCUACAAGGCCGAUUUCCUCGCAGAGCGAGAAGCACGAGAGAAGCUGAACCAGAAGAAGGAGGAGCUGCAGGAUCAGCUGACUCAGGCCCUGACUGAGAUUGACAGGCUCAAACAGGAAGCCACAUCUCGCGCAAGUAUGGAGCAAAUGAAGCUGAGACACCUGGAAGACUUUCCAACACGAGCCCCACACAUUCCCCCUCCACAAGCUUUCAACACGGUGCCCCCUGCCCCCUCGUUCCGCAAUCAGGGUUUGAUACCAGUCGGUGAUCAGGGGGCGAUCGGAGCUGAGGAGCUGCCAGAUUUAUGUUGUCCUAAGUGUCAGUACCAGGCUCCAGACAUGGACACGCUGCAGAUACAUGUCAUGGACUGUAUACAGUAACAGGAUCAUAGUUCAGCACAUACAUACUGACAUAUGUACAGCGUAUUUACGUUUUUGACGUACCUGGUGUCCACUCCCAGCCUCUGGGCACAGGCUGGAAGAACGUGUGGUUGUUGCACCUUACUCUCUCUCUGCCAUGUCAACACACAUACACAAACUGAACGCAUACUGGGGUUUGUACCCUUUUUUUAAAAUGUAAUAUGUUGGAAUCAAAAAGUGGCAAUCGGAUGACAUUAUGUACAAGUGGGGAAAAAAGAAUAGAUAGAUAAUCAGCAUGGUAUGUUCCUAGAAGUGCUAAAAAAAACAAAUUCUGCUGUAGCUUUUCCAUUCUGCAACCCAUCCUUUUCACGUCAUUUGUUAUUUUU